AUGCGGGCUGAGCUGUCAGCCUCCUCUGGCCCGGCCAGGGCUCACCCCAGACCCCUCGAGGGCUGCGGACAGGGAGGGCUCCGGGCGGCGGUCGGUGUCUGUGAGCGAGGAUUGGGCGGGGGCGAGAGGCUGGGGUCGCAGGAGAGGGUCAGGGUCGGAGGGUCGGAGGCCCAGGGCCUGGCCCGCGGGAUGAAGAUCCGUGUCAGCGGGAGAAGAAGGUCUGGGUGGGGGGCCGAGGGCCGGGGUCAGGGGACAAGGAACAGAGUCAGGGAUAGAGGGCCCAGCGGGCGCAGCGGCGGAGAGGGGCACUGGAAGCGAGGCGGAGCGGAGUGGAGCGGACGCCUCCCCACCCGGCCGCGGUGGCCCUCGGGGGCCUCCUGCCGGCCGUCGAUAGAGCGGCCUCAGCCCCGUGGACAGGGCGCCGCCCUCCGCUCCCCUCUCGUCCCCGCGGCUACUCGGCGCCGCAGCCCAGGCCCAACUCGCCAGGCCUCCCCUGCUGCCCGCAGGCCGUUGGCCUCCCAGGCCACGGAUUCGCCGCAGGAGGCGGCCCGGGUCGCAGGUGGCGCGGGUCAGGCACCAGGGCUCCGGGUUUCCCGGCCCCUCGGCCCGAAAGCCGCCCCCGAGUUCGGGGUCGAGGGUUGCAUCCCUGUCCCUUCCUCGGGGACGAGAGGGUCCACAGUCCCGCAGCCUUGCUCCAAAGAACUGCUGCAACCAAGCCCUCCAUUUUUCCCUUCUGGCCCCGUUUCUGGUGUGGGGGAGGAGGCAGGAACUGCGAGGGCGCCUCAGGAGCACGGCGGUGGGGGAGGGGGCGGCUCGGGGCCCUGCGCGGGGUCCGGGGGAGGCGGCUUCGGGGGUUCAGUGGCGGCAGCGUCAGGCGGCAAAUCCAGUGGUGGGGGCUGUGGAGGCGGCGGUAGUUACCUGGCCUCCUCCUCUUCCUCCGUGGCGGCAGCGGCGGGGGCCGCGGUGUUACCGGUGAAGAAGCCGAAAAUGGAGCACGUCCAGGCUGACCACGAGCUUUUUCUCCAGGCCUUUGAGAAACCAACGCAGUUCUAUAGGCUUCUUCGAACGCGAAAUCUUAUAGCGCCAGUAUUUUUGCAUAGAACUCUUACUUACAUGUCUCAUCGAAACUCCAGAACAAACAUCAAAAGGAAAACAUUUAAAGUUGAUGAUAUGUUAUCAAAAGUAGAGAAAAUGAAAGGAGAGCAAAAAUCUCAUAGCUUGUCAACUCAUCUGCAGCUUACAUUUACUGGUUUCUUCCACAAAAAUGAUAAGCCAUCACGAAAUUCAGAAAAUGAACAAAAUUCUGUUACCCUGGAAGUCCUGCUUGUGAAAGUUUGCCACAAAAAAGGAAAGGAUGUACGUUGUCCAAUAAGACAAGUUCCUACAGGUAAAAAGCAGGUGCCUUUGAAUCCUGACCUCAGUCAAACAAAACCUGGAAAUUUCCCGUCCCUUGCAGUUUCCAGUAAUGAAUUUGAACCUAGUAACAGCCAUAUGGUGAAGUCUUACUCAUUGCUAUUUAGAGUGACUUGUCCAGGAAGAAGAGAGUUUAAUGGAAUGAUUAAUGGAGAAACCAAUGAAAAUAUUGAUGUCAAUGAAGAACUUGCAGCUAGAAGAAAACGAAAUCGUGAAGAUGGAAAAACAUUUGUUGCACAAAUGACAGUAUUUGAUAAAAACAGGCGCUUACAGCUUUUAGAUGGGGAAUAUGAAGUAGCCAUGCAGGAAAUGGAAGAAUGUCCAAGAAGCAAGAAAAGAGCAACAUGGGAGACUAUUUAUGAUGGGAAGGUAUGGACUACUUAG